GUCUUGCCUAAUCAGUCGAACGACUCCUCGUCCUUCCCCCGUUGCAUCGCAUCAGAUCCAUCCUUCGUCACCGGCGAUCGCUAAGAGUCCAGUGCCCUCAUCCCGGCUGUUUAAAUACUUCCCAGUGGGCAAGAACCCACCACCUUCUUCCAAGCUGGAUUCGGAGGCAAAGCAGAGAAUUCUGGCAACUGGGUGGGUUCCGGAGCUUUGGAGAAGAUACAGAAAGAGAAGCUUCGAAAUGCUCUUGUGAUUCCCUUUCGCCUUUCCUACUGGCGUAGGGAAUAUGGACCGUCCGACGCUGAUGAGACUAGGGUUACCGUGACAGGGACGGAGGUUGGGGAAACGGAAAUCUAGCUUGCGAUUCACGCGGUCGGGAGAGGUUUAUGUGUCAUUAAAACCCCGCGGUGGAUCGAUGUCAUUAGUAGGCGAAGGAUCAAUGACGUGGCAGGAGGAGUUGGCUAGUUUGGUCGGGGAAACUGGAGUUCAGUAUUCUGCGAUCGGCGGCGAGUUGGAGAGAACUGCGGCGGAUCUUAAGGGGAGAGUGGGCGGGGAGGAGUAUUAUAGACAUGAGGAUGGCAUUGUGCAGGAGGAGAGUCUGAAGGAUCAGUUGAAGGGGUUUUUGAAAGCGUCGGUGGAGAUGAUGCAGGAUUUCGGGAGGGGAUGCCGUGAUAUAGUGCGACAGAGCUUGACUGGGGUGGAGGACUCGUAUGUGAUGCAGAGGCUCCGUGGGCCGUGGGGUGUAGUGUCCAGGCGGCUUGGGUUUUUGAAUGAUUACUUGCCUGAGGAUCGGGAUCCGAUGCACUCUUGGAUCGUGAUCAUCUGCGUAUUUCUUGUAGCGCUUCCGGCUUUGAAUGUAAAUAAUGGCCACAUAGCUCCAGUGCAACCUCCAAAGAAACUGUAUAUACAUCCUCCUAGCGCUAGCCUAAUCCAACUUCCAGAUGGAAGAGUUAUGGCCUACCACGAACAAGGAGUGCCUGUUGAAAAAGCUAGAUUUACUAUGAUUUCUCCUCAUUCUUUUCUUUCCUCUCGCUUAGAGGGCAUACCUGGCAUCAAAGAAUCUUUGUUGGAAGAUUUUGGAGUUCGUUUUGUCACAUAUGACCUUCCAGGUUUCGGUGAAAGUGAUCCUCACCCUAGAAGGAACCUCAAUUCAUCAGCACAUGAUAUGCUGCAUUUAGCAGAUGCUCUUGGGGUGGUGGAUAAGUUCUGGGUGUUGGGUUACUCGGGCGGAGGAAUGCAUGCUUGGGCUGCUGUUCGCUAUAUUCCUGAUCGAAUCGCAGGUGUGGCUAUGUUUGCCCCAAUUACUAAUCCGUAUGAUCCAAGAAUGACAAAGGAAGAGAAAAAUAAAAUCUGGGAGAAGUGGACAGCAAAAAGGAAGUUCAUGUUUUUUAUUGCUAAAAGGCUCCCUUCCCUUCUUCCUUACUUCUAUCGGCGAAGCUUUCUAUCAGGAAUGCAGGGUCAGCUGGAAAAGUGGUUAUUAUUGUCUUUGGGAAAGAAGGACAAGGCUUUAACAGAAGGACACAUCUUUAUAGAAUUUUGGGAAAGGGUUGUAGCAGAAUCAGUCAGACAGAAUGAUCCAAAACCCUUUGUCGAGGAGGCCGUCUUACAAGUAUCAAAUUGGGGGUUCAGCUUGGCUGACCUUCAAUUACGAAAGAAACACGAAGGCAAGAACCUCCUGCUAUGGCUAAAGUCCAUUUAUACUCAAGAAGAUGAAGAGUGGACUGGGUUUGUUGGUCCCAUACACAUCUGGCAGGGAAUGGAUGAUCGGGUGGUACCGCCAUCCAUGACCGAGUUCACAAGACGCCUGAUUCCAGGCGCCACAGUCCAUCGCCUGCCAGCAGAAGGCCACUUCUCCUACUACUGCUUCUGCGAUGAUUGCCACAAACAGAUCUUCUCCACUCUCUUCGGCAUCCCUCAAGGCCCUCUCACAGCUAUUUCUGAGAACGAUUUAUUCUCUCCUUCUCCCAAAGAACUCUCUGAACAAUAUCUUAGUUCUGAAGACUCUUUUCACCACGAACUAUGACCACAUUCUCUGAAGAAUUUUCUCAGGGCAAAGAAACAAAAUCCUACAGCAGACUAAUAACCAAAGUCUUCCCUGUAGUCGUCAGUAUUCCUCCGUUCUUUCAGCCGCACUCUCCAGGUAGCAGCGACGGUCUUCUUCAGGCAGCAAAAUGUUUUCAUCCAGGCACAAGCGGUUGUUUCCUCUCCAGGCAGCAGCGACGCCAGCUCACGUUCUGCGACCAAACCUGCACAUUCUAGUGAAGCAGGUUCAGGAUGCAUCAACAACCAAUUUUCUCUCUCUUGGAAAUCCCAUAGACCUUGAAAUUUAUUUCUCUCUCUAGCAAAAUGACAUGGAGGCCUCGACGAUUGAUUUUCUCUCUCUCAUGCACAGAGUUCUCGGGUUUUAUUUUCUCUUUCUUGCGGAAAUCACAAAGACCUCAACGUGUUAAAUUCAAAAGUGUCCGAGAAAUACAUCCAAAGGAUAGAACUUUCUGUUAGGAAGUGAUUACUAAUAAUGUACCUAUCUUAUAAAUGAGAAGCCCAAACACAGUGCUGAACUUUAACAAAACUUUCAACACCCUCAUAAAAUCC